AUUCACGACCCGGCCUGUGUGGUUUACUGCAACACCAGCAAAAAGUGGUUCUGCAACGGCCGCGGCAACACGUCUGGAAGCCACAUUGUGAACCACCUGGUGCGGGCCAAGUGCAAAGAGGUGACCCUGCACAAAGACGGGCCUCUGGGGGAGACGGUCCUGGAGUGUUACAACUGCGGCUGUAGAAACGUGUUCCUGCUCGGCUUCAUCCCCGCCAAGGCCGACUCCGUGGUCGUGCUCCUCUGCAGACAGCCGUGUGCGAGCCAGAGCAGCCUGAAGGACAUAAACUGGGACAGCUCCCAGUGGCAGCCUCUCAUCCAGGACCGCUGCUUCCUGUCGUGGCUCGUGAAGAUCCCGUCUGAGCAGGAGCAGCUGAGGGCCCGGCAGAUCACAGCGCAGCAGAUCAACAAGCUGGAGGAGCUGUGGAAGGACAACCCCGGGGCGUCGCUGGAGGACCUGGAGAAGCCGGGCGUGGAUGAGGAGCCUCAGCAGGUGCUGCUCAGAUACGAGGACGCGUAUCAGUACCAGAAUGUGUUUGGGCCUCUGGUCAAACACGAGGCCGACUACGACAAGAAGCUCAAAGAGUCUCAGACCCAAGACAACAUCACCAUUCGCUGGGACCUGGGCCUGAACAAAAAGCGCAUCGCCUACUUUACCCUGCCCAAGACUGACUCAGACAUGCGGCUGAUGCAGGGAGACGAGAUCUGCCUGAGAUACAAGGGAGACCUGGGCGUCCCGUGGAAGGGCAUCGGGCACGUCAUCAAAGUCCCAGACAAUUACGGAGAUGAAAUCGCCAUCGAGCUGCGCAGCGGGGCCAACGCUCCGGUCGACAUCACCCACAACUUCCAGGUCGACUUUGUCUGGAAGUCCACGUCCUUCGACAGGAUGCAGAGCGCUCUAAAGACGUUUGCCGUGGACGAGACCUCCGUGUCCGGAUACAUUUACCACAAACUACUGGGACACGAGGUGGAGGACGUCACCAUCAAGUGUCAGCUCCCCAAACGCUUCACCGCUCAGGGCCUGCCCGACCUCAACCACUCGCAGGUUUAUGCUGUGAAGACAGUGCUGCAGAGACCUUUGAGUCUGAUCCAGGGACCUCCAGGAACAGGCAAAACCGUGACGUCCGCGACGAUCGUGUACCACCUGUCGCGCCAGGGCAACGGGCCCGUUCUGGUCUGCGCUCCCAGUAACAUCGCCGUGGAUCAGCUCACGGAAAAGAUCGACAAAACGGGUCUGAAGGUGGUGCGUCUGUGCGCCAAAAGCAGAGAGGCCAUCGAGUCCCCGGUGUCGUUCCUCGCUCUGCACAACCAGAUCAGCAACAUGGACAGCAUGCCUGAGCUGCAGAAGCUACAGCAGCUGAAGGACGAGACCGGAGAGCUGUCCUCCGCCGACGAGAAGAGAUACAGAGCUCUGAAGAGGACCGCGGAGAGGGAACUGCUCAUGAACGCAGACGUGAUCUGCUGCACCUGCGUCGGGGCCGGAGAUCCUCGUUUGGCGAAGAUGCAGUUCCGCUCGAUCCUGAUCGACGAGAGCACGCAGGCCACGGAGCCGGAGUGCAUGGUCCCCGUGGUGCUCGGGGCCAAACAGUUGAUCCUGGUUGGAGACCACUGUCAGCUCGGGCCCGUGGUGAUGUGUAAGAAGGCGGCCAAAGCGGGUCUGUCCCAGUCUCUGUUUGAGCGGCUCGUGGUUCUGGGCAUCAGACCCAUCAGGCUCCAGGUGCAGUACCGUAUGCACCCCGCCCUCAGCGCCUUCCCCUCCAACAUCUUCUACGAGGGGUCGCUGCAGAACGGCGUCACGGCAGCUGAUCGCAUAAAGAAAGGCUUCGACUUCCAGUGGCCGCAGCCGGACAAACCCAUGUUUUUCUACGUGACUCAGGGACAGGAGGAGAUCGCCAGCUCGGGGACGUCCUACCUCAACAGGACUGAAGCGGCCAACGUGGAGAAGAUCACCACUCGUCUGCUGAAAGCUGGAGCCAAACCGGAUCAGAUCGGAAUCAUCACUCCGUACGAGGGACAGCGUUCCUACCUGGUGCAGUACAUGCAGUUCAGCGGCUCCCUGCACACCAAGCUCUACCAGCAGGUGGAGAUAGCGAGCGUGGACGCGUUUCAGGGCAGAGAGAAAGACUUCAUCAUCCUGUCGUGUGUCAGAGCCAACGAGCACCAGGGCAUCGGUUUCCUCAACGACCCGCGUCGACUCAACGUCGCCCUCACCAGAGCCAAGUACGGCGUGAUCAUCGUGGGGAACCCCAAGGCCCUGUCCAAGCAGCCGCUGUGGAACAACCUCCUCAACUAUUACAAAGAGCAGAAGGUUCUGGUGGAGGGGCCCCUGAACAACCUCAGGGAGAGUCUGAUGCAGUUUAGCAAGCCUCGAAAACUGCUCAACACCAUCAACCCUGGAGGACGUUUCAUGAGCACGGCCAUGUACGACGCCCGAGAGGCUCUGAUCCCCGGCUCCGCCUACGACCGCACCAGCGCACCCGGACGUCCCUCUAACAUGUACUUCCAGACCCACGAUCAGAUCGGAAUGAUCGGAGCCGGACCCGGGCACAUGGCCAUGAACCUGCCCAUCCCCCUGAACCUGGUGAUGCCCCCCAUGCCCCCGCCCAGCUACAUGGGCCACGCCAACGGACCGGCGGGCAUGAAAGGAGGGAUGAAAGGAAAACCGGGCCGCGGUCGAGGUCAGAGGUCACGCGGAGGCGGCACCCAGGGGAACGGCCCCCACAGCCAGGCCAGUCAGGACGGGGCCUCCCAGCCGUUCUCCCAGGGGCCGCUCACUCAGGGCUACAUGAACAUGAGCCAGCCGUCUCAGAUGAGCCAACCGGGACUGUCCCAGCCCGAGCUCUCGCAGGACAGUUACCUCGGCGACGAGUUCAAGUCCCAGAUGGACGUGGCCCUGUCCCAGGACUCCACGUACCAGGGCGAGCGAGCGUAUCAGCACGGGGGAGUGACCGGACUGUCCCAGUACUAGAGUGAGCCGAAGAGCGGAGCUCGGCCUGACCGGAGCCUAGUUCGUCAGAGCUUUUUAAUCUGAGAAAUAAUAAAAACAUAAAAUGGAUACAUGUUUUCCUCUGCUACAUCCGAGAGCACCACCCGCCGCGCGGUCGGCGACGCGAAACCAAACCAUGAGCUGCGUGCGAAACGACGGUAGGACAGAAGACGAGAGACAGGGGGCGCUACACGGAGGCACAGGCCCACAGCGACACAAGGAGGCAGGGAGAGGGCGCGGCGGAGGAGGUGGGCCACACCGCUGAGGAACGCUGAGGAGCCUCCAGCGGGAACGCGGAUACAACUCCCAAAUCUAACGAACACCCGCCCAUCCCCACACCGCCUCAGCACCCCCGAUCUGGGUCAAACGAAGGCGGAGUGCGGUCUAACCCGGGUGAAGCGCAGCCCAAGCCUCAGCAGGAGGAGGAGGAGGAGCGGAGGAGGAGGAGGAGAGAGUAGCAGCAUCUUUUUCAGGAAGAGAAAACAUGGUAACUCGGAUGUGAACAAACAGCCUUGGAACUGAAAGACCUUCCACCUGCCGUUUAAAACCGCCGCCUCAUUUGUGACCGUUUGGGAGCGGCGGUUCGGCACCGGGAUCUGUCCAAGGCACGGCCCGCGAUAUCCACGGAGUCAUCACGGGCCCCUUUUCUCUGGUCUGUGGAGUCUUUCUUAUCACAGAGCACAACUUUGCUAAAUCGAAGCUUCGAGACAUUACCAGCACGGGCAAAAUCUGUUUCUGCAAAAAGCUAUUUCCUAAUUUUAUGAAAUGAAACUCUGGGGUGGGUUCACGACGAUGAUUCUCUUUUGCUUCUACGUUUAAACGCGUCCGGAUUCGGCAUCGACAAACCCGUAUGGGAGCUUUCUGUGUGCAUGUUUAUCACAACUUUAAGCAAAAAUGAAAAACUACAGGAGGUUCAAGCACAACUUAAAGGUAGACGAGAGGAGAGAGGCCAUAUUUUCUACACUUCAGGGCUUUAACACCAAGCCAGUCAAACCUGCACGACACGGAUUACUCAUGUUUAGAUUCAAAUUGGGGUUUUUUUUGUCGUUUUUACCCAAGAGCAGCACAGGCUUUUGCAGAUAUUGUUCACAAAGUUAAGUUAAGGGCACGUUUCAGCCCUUUUUCAGAUAGACAAACGUAAUAUAUGAAAAAAAAAAACAUUAAAUCAUGAUCCCCUUCUCCUAUUGGUCAGGCUCUCGAGUGACAGGUGGAGUCGACCAAUCGCAGUGAAGCAGAUGACUUUAGUUCACUUCCCUUCAGGUUUCAUCGUCGUAGUUGUUUCUAAACUUCUAAACGGCCCUGAAACCUUUUGAACUUUAGACUCGGGCUCAAUCAGGUUGUCAGUUUGGGUUGUUUUUGGUUUUUUUUGGUGUUUUCCAUCAUUGUAAAACCGAAUUAGUCCCUGAACAACUGCAGGAAUUACAUCAAAAUGACCGGAACCAUGUGGAAAAAAGUUGUGUUUUUGAUUAGAGAUGAGCGAUAUAUCGGUUCCAGUAUCGGUACUGAUAUUGUUUUUUGCUUCCUCAUUCUCUGUGUCCCUUUGAACGACGGAAACAGAAGAGAGUUAUGUGACUGUACGUGACUCAAACGUGUAACGAAUGACUCUAGAGCCCCGAUAAAUGCAUUUUAUUUUUACAAAAGUGAAAGUUUAUUUUGUGAGGUUUAAUUAUACGUUUGUGUCGGCCUUACUGCGGAUUUUUAAAAAGCUAAACAUCUGCAAAUAUCGGUUAUCUGCAGUGGCGGAAGAAGUACUCAAUUUGAAAGUAAAAGUACAGAUACCGGAGCAAAAAAAAUACCCAGAAGUAUCCCUUGAAAAAAUCUUAAGUAAAAGUAUUUGGUGCAGGUUUUGAGCUCGAACGAAGCUUCAAAUGUAGUGAAUUUGAUGAAGAUUUGAGCUGAUUUGGUCUUUUUUUUCUGUUAUUGGUUUAUUUUUGUUUUGCUAAAAUUAUGAAUGUGAAAAAAAAAACCCUCAGACUUUUCAGCAGGUCGGACAAUAAUAAAAAAAAUAGUUUUACUUUUCAAUCCUGUUAAAUGUAGUGAAAAGUAAAAGGUAUCCACUUCUAAAUGGACAGAUAUCUAAAACUUUAACUACAUUAUUCAUGUUCCUCCACAGCAGCAGGCCAGAUAUUUGUAUUGUCUCAAAAAAAAAACAACUAUCGGCCGAUCCCCUUUUUUAAUUUAACGAUUUUGUGAAAUGUGAAGAGACAAAGUUAAAACUUGAUUGUGAAACAGUUUUGGAAGCAGGUCCUCGUCCUGGGUCUGUACGUAACGACGUCAGGAGCGAACGGGGACGACUCGAGUUUUACAACCUUCUCAACGCUUUCAAUUUACUUCUCCAAAAAAAAAAACGCACCGUGUGGACAAAAUACACAAUUUCUUACGUGAACCAACCGUGAAUGCUAAACCCAAGUCAGUGCCUCAAACCAAAAAGCGUUUCUGCGGGCGUGUGAAUGUACUGCACACGAAGAGCCUCCCGCCGCCGCCGCCGCUCCAGCCCGGAGACGAGAGGCGAGGACAGGGGGAGGUCGUUAGACUCCUCCCCCCUGCUCUGGCGGAGGCUCGGUCCGUGUACAGCGGAGUUUUGCCUGCGAUGUGUAAUCCUGUAGAAUCCUUUGUGCGUUUGUGGAUCUUAAAGUGCGUGCGACAGGUUUUCAUGUCCCUGUGUUAAACAUCAGUCAGUUUAUUGGUAAAAAACGACAAAAAAACACAACUGACGCACAAUUAAGGCGUUUUUUUCCUGACAGUUUAACAAAAUAAAGCCGUUUUUGUUCGUUUUUAUCGUUCUAAUCAUAAAUAUUGCGUAAUUUAGACACGUUUCGGCUCUUGUUUACGUUACGGUUGCUAGGUAACACAUUCAUUGUCCAACCAGGAAGUAAAAUUAUAAACUUCGCCAAAAAAAAAACCCUGAAAAACCGGGCUCGAUUUUGUUUUGAGCAGAACGAGCGCCGUGACCUGUCGUACGCACUUUAACGUCACAAACCGUGUUGUUCUGAAACUCGGCCUACAGUUCUGGCCUCGUCCCGUGAUGUUUCGUUUAUCUUAGUCUAGUUCGCUGUAGCGCCGUUUUGAUUACGAUAAAGAAUGAGGCUUAGCGAGUUAGCGGCUUUACUUUUGAGCGAUUGUAAUGUUUUGUUGUUGUUUUUUUUUUAUUUUCCCCGCUAAGAAUGUACGAUAUUUUCAGACCCGGUGACAAUCAUGGCGCCUGAGAACGCGUCGGCCAUGUUGAAAAGUGGUUUGUUGAUAUAACUUUUAUGCAUAGCUUUAAAAUGACACGUUGCUUUCCGUAUAGAAUGAGUUGUGCCGUGGACUUUGGGUAGUUUUGUUUUGUUUUUGUUGUUUUUUUUCCAUUAGAUCCAAUAUUGAUCCGUUGGGCUAGAAUCUAGUUCCUUAUUUGCGGUGAAUUUCCAGCUUUGAUUAUCCUUGUUAACUAAAUAAAAGCUUCUGCA